AUAAUUAGUUAUAAGUGAAGAACGAUGAAUCGGAGCUUCAGAGAUUCAAUGAUCAGCGGGAAGAAUUUUCCUAUAUCGUCACAGCACCGGCGAGGUCUUAGUCUUAACGGAGCUUCUAGAGAGAAGCCUGAUGAUAACUUGGAUCUUUUCUCCAAAAGUCGCCGCAGUAUCUCCGUUGCAUCCUCCGACGAAUCCGAUGUUUCGGUUAAACUGGGGAGGCUUUCAAUUGGAUCAGUUAAGCAAGUAAAGAGUGGAUUAGAGGAUCUGAUGGCAUCUACCGAGGGAGAUAAGCAUGAUUACGAUUGGUCACUAGUCGGGUGCUCAAAUAUUGACUAAGAGACGGUAUCAUCCUAAAUAUACCUUUGUUGAGCAGCAGCCGCCGAGAGCUGUAGUAGUGUAUCUCUAAUGUAUCAACUUAAGGCCAGUCGUCUUCAUAUAGCCGCCAGUCAAAUUAAGCUAUGUUUCCCUUUCCAUGUCUAAUAAAUGAAGAAGGGAAAGCAUUAUUGAUUCCUCACUCACAGUCGUCGUGUUUUCAUUUGUAUAGGCUCCUCACUCCUCCAGGAACUCCCCUUGUUCCUUCAUCAGAUGGAAGUGAAUCAAAACCAGCUUCAGUGGCUCCAAGAGGCAGCUCAUUGGGCAGAUCUGCCUCCACUACUAAGGCCUCAAGGCUUUCAGUGUCUCAUUCAGAGAGCAAUACUCCUGCAAGACCAACUCGGAGUAAUUCUGUGACUCGACCUUCCAUUUCUAGCUCUCAGUACAGUAGUUACUCAAAUAAAUCAGGCUCUAUUCUAAACACAAGCUCUGCAUCAGUCUCCUCCUAUAUUAGACCAUCUACGCCGACAAGCCGUUCUUCUUCUUCAGCCAGGCCUUCCACCCCGACUUCCCGUGCAACUGUGUCCAGACCUUCAACUCCUUCUAGAGUCCGCCAAGCCCCAAGUACUCCUUCUAGGCCAACCCAAAGCUCAAGACCUUCUACUCCAACUUCCCGGGCCCAAAUACCAGCAAACUUGAGUACCCCUGCUGCUCGGUCUACUUCAAGGCCUUCAACACCUACUCGUCGGAACAUAACACCUUCAUUGUCUCCAGCAUCUAGAUCAUCAACUCCAGCAGGGCGCUCUGUCACCAAUGGACGACCUGCAGCUUCUGUUUCUCGUCCAAGCUCCCCUAGUCCCCAAGUUCGUCGACCAUCACAACCAAUAGUUCCCCCAGAUUUUUCACUUGAAACGCCUCCAAACCUACGCACAACUCUGCCAGACAGGCCUCUGUCUGCUGGUAGGUCCAGGCCAAAUCCUUCUGUCACUACCAAGGCAAAUGCAGAAAGCCCAAGUGUGGCAAAUCCUCGGAGACAGUCAUCGCCCAUUGUUAGCAGGGGAAGACUAACAGAACCCUCUGGUAGAGGACGAGUGCUUGGCGGAGGGCAACUUAAUGAUAUUUCUGAUUCCCGCAGGGCUUCACAUGUCUCAGAAUUGUCUACAAGGAAGCCUGUAAAGACUGCUACUGACAGCACGGGACUUGGAAGGACAAUUUCUAAGAAAUCUCUUGAUGUGGCAAUCAGGCAUAUGGAUAUUAGAAAUGGCCUUAAUGGUGUUCGUCCACUUUCUGGCUCAACCCUCUUUCCUCAUAGUAUUCGCUCCACAAAUGGGAAAAACCAGCCUUCUCAUGGUUCGACUGCCCCAUCCUCUACCAAUGAGAAUGCAUCUUACCACUACAAUGGUAAUCUUCCUGAGAAUGGAAAUUACCUUAACAGGUCAUCUGAGAAUGGGAGUGAAGAGGGCAGAUCUCAAUAUUCAGCAAAAUUGACAGACGUUGAUAUUUAUGAGAGUUCUCGUUACGAUGCGCUUCUGCUGAAAGAGGAUUUGAAGAACACAAAUUGGCUGCACAGCAUCGAUGACAAGUCGGAUCAAGAAACGUUAUUUGACAACGGAUUUGAGUCGCUACCUGAACCUUUUAGCCCUUUGCAGCAUUUGUGAAGUGAUUUUCCGUUCUGCUAAUUUUUAUUCUUUUGAGUAUUUAUUUGUUACUAAAUCAUUUAUUUGCAAAAGAAGAUAAGAAGAGAUGGAAUGUGACAAAUUAGCCCAUCAGGACUGUGAAAGGCGACCUACUAUAUCUAUUUUGUUUCCAUUAUUAUGCAAGCAAAAGGACUGUAUUUGUAUUCCAUAUGCCACAAGAAGAUGGUGGUUGCGACAAAUUAUGGAUGCUAGCUGAUAUUAUCCAGUUGAAAUGAAGCCUAUAUCUUCGUAGUACAUUGUUGGGCCUUUAAUGGUGGCAACAAGACUUUAGUGUUUGUUCAUUCUGUUUGGGUACCCCAGAAGUGUAAAUGGAAGCUCAUUGCCGAGCAUAUUUAAUGAUAACUUGAUUCAGUCCUAA